GUCAUAUUCAAAGUGAAGUGUGCAGCUGAAUUCAACAAGUACAAGGUCCUGUUGUAUUUGGGCUCCAUAUUUACCAGCCUCCUCUUCUUAGUUGUGAACUUAACUUGUGCAAUGUUAAUCCAUGGUGAGGUCCCGGAGAACCAGCUGAGGUGGACAGUCCUUGCCCGCGCCCUAGUCAACGACAGCCUCUUCAUCCUCUGUGCCAUCUCGCUGGCUUGCUGCAUGUGCAAACUGGGAAAGAUGUCUUCAGCGAAUGUCUACCUCGAGUCUAAGGGAACAUCUGUCUGCCAGGCUAUUCUUGUGGGAUCUGUAGUCGCUCUUCUGUAUUCCUCAAGGGCUUGCUAUAACCUGGUAGCUGUGGCCAUAUCUCCAGACAAUGUUCCUGGUCCUUUUAACUAUGGCUGGGACAACCUUUCAGACAAGGUGCACAUGGAAGUGAGCAGUGAGGAGUAUGUGGUGUUUGGAGUGGUCCUCUUCCUCUGGGAGCUGGUGCCAACGACUUUUGUGGUGCUGUUCUUCCGGGCUCAGAGACGGAGUCAGAACUUGACUCCAGCGGGGAUGGUCAACAGUCACAGUUACAGCUCCAGAGCCUACUUCUUUGACAAUCCGAGGCGCUACGACAGCGAUGAUGACUUGUCACGGCUUGGGGCCAGAUUUAGGGAGGGAAACUUGGCCACCCCUCAGUCCUCUGGCUGCUAUGGGUCCCUGGCCGGGAAUGACAGCUACACGGUGGGUCCCCAUCUCGGCGGAACCGCUACAGACAGUGCCCCCUUGCUCUUUGCCGCGGGCGGCUCGGAGAUGAAUAAUCACCAUAGCUCAUACCCUGCACCACAGAACUGA